AUGCGCCUUCAGAGCAUUUCAGAUGUAGACGAACGUGAUGAGCUAACAACAUUUGCUGAGUGGAUUGCGAGCAUUGGAGAUGGGACUGUAGGAGGAUCAAAUGACGGUUGUGCUGCGAUUGACAUUCCAGAGGAUAUACGAUUGGAAACUUCAGAUGAUCCAAUUGCUACAAUCGUCGAAAGUACCUAUCCAAUGUUCAAAAAUGCAACUGACGAUCCAAGUUAUUUGAAGGACAGAGUUAUAUUAGCGCCUACUUUGGAGGUCGUUGAGUCUAUCAAUCAAUACAUGUCGGAUAUGAAUUCUGCUGAAGGUCGUACAUAUUUGAGCUCUGACAAUAUGCGAAAUGUGUCUGCCAUGUUCACAAUACCUACCAUCUAUGUCACAUUACAGCCGAAACAUACUCCAAGUCCGUAUACUCAGGCGAGUGUACCAAUGUACCCUUCGUAUGGCUAUCCAGGUGGGUUUAUCAAUUUAUUUGCUGCUCAAGGCCCACCUCUCUAUCCAUAUGGUGCUGUGUAUUCACCUAUAAUGAGUCAACCAUCAACAUGUAAUCCGGCGAACAAUGACAAUAUGGUGCCUGACACCUCUAAAAGGGUAGAAUCAAAUCAACCCGGUGCCUCACGACAUUCUCUCGAACAUGUCGAUUGGGGUGUGGAUAGCGGGUUCAAUGGGUAUUCAACUGGGAAUGAUGAAGGUGAUGGUGAAGGUCAUGAUGAUGAAGUUGAUGAUGAAUUUGAUGAUGGAGGUGAUGAUAAAGUUGAUGAUGAAGGUGAUGAUGAAGUUGAUGAUGAAGGUGAUGAUAACGAGCAAUUUUGUGAUCCUUACAAUAAUGAGACGAACAUGAACGAUAAUCCUUGCAAUGAUGAACUCCUAAAUGAGAUGGAUGAUAACAUUGAUGAUCCGGACUUCAUAAUUGAAGAAGAUGAAGAUAUCGACGACAAUGUUGUGUCCCCCUCAAACAUGAUGGGUGGUUUAAAUGAGCAUAUUUUACGCAACAAGAAGAGUAUAGCGAUCCACAAUGUUCCUCGGCUUGACCUUUAUGGAGGGGUUUCUAUUGAAGAGGACGAUUUGAAUGAAAUCGCUACUCGUUCGAGUAGCGGUUGGAGGAUUCCCGAAGCCAAUUUUCACAACGUUGAUGUUCAUCCUUCGUCUGAAGAGCCGUCAAUGAUAGAUCAUGAAUUAGCCAAAGGCGUUGUCAUUGAAAGUAAGGAAGAAUUGUUGGUAAAAGUAGGUUUAUACCAUUUGAAGCAUAAAGUGGAGUUCCGAACACCGAGAUCUUCAAAUUCUCAGUUAAAGGUUGUGUGCAAGCAUAAAAAUUGCCCAUUCUUGCUUUCUGCGAAUGGACUGACUGGAGGUAGUUGGAAAAUUUCAAAAUUUAUCCAUCCACAUACAUGCUCAGUUAACCUAAAUCAUUCAGCCCCUCGACAAUUGCCUGCAAAGAUCAUUGGAGCAUUAUUCGCGCCGAAGUUGUUGACAGAGGGCCGAGUAUUAAAGCCUGCAGAGAUUAUGGGUGACAUGGAGCGUGAUCAUGGCAUUAAGCUAAAAUACGAUACAACUCUGAGGUCUCAAAACGCCUCCUACGACUUCAUUUAUGGAUAUCAUAAGAAAUCCUGGGAACUUUUGCCGGCGUAUUUUCAUAUGUCGAUGAAGGAAAAUCCUGGAACAUUGGCAUACAUUGAGACUGAUAAAGAUGACGUGUUUGAGUAUGCUUUCAUUUCUUUUAAUGCGUCUGCAGGCUUCCUCAGUUAUUGUCGGCCUGUUAUUGUGAUUGAUGGUACACAUUUGAAGAGUAAGUAUAAAGGCAUCUUAUUUGUAGCAACUACAAAGGACGGAAAUGAACAAAUUUUCCCUUUGGCAUUUGGUAUCGACGAUAAGGAAUGA